AUGGCUUCCAAUCCAAGAGUUUUCAAGGCCUUGGAAGCUAUGAGAGCCCUAGGAAUUUCUGAUGAAGAGGUCAAACCAGUGCUGAAGCGACUAUUGAAACUCUAUGAUAAAAAUUGGGAACUAAUUGAAGAAGACAAUUAUCGGACACUUGUAGAUGCAUAUUUUGAGCUAAAGGAAAAUAGUAAACAUGAUGAGGGGAUUGAAAGAUCAACAAAAAUACCGCAUUUACAAGAAAAGAAUGAUGAAAAGAACACUCUCAAGAUUUCAGGACAGGGAAUCAUCAUGGAGCAAUCUGAACCAUGUUUAAGUGAGGGCAGAAGUGCAGGUAGUUCUGAACGACCCCGCACUCAUUUCAUAGACAAAGGGAAGGACCCUAUUUCAUCUCAUGUGGUCGAUAGAAAAUCAGCAUCUGAGAGAUCUUUGUCUGCUCAUGUCUGGAGAAAAAAUAUGCCAAGCAGUCAACGUAAUGUCCAAAGAGAAAAUAUGAAAAGUAACCAUCACAACAAGAUGUUGAUUCAAGAACCUAUCAUCAUUCCCCCUCGAGUGCCAAAGAGGUCCUCAAAUGAUUCAACUCCACAUCAUUCUGUCAAGGCUCUAGCAUCUCAGAGUCAGCAUUCGUGUGACAAAGAUGACAAUUCCCCAGGCAAUGACGAUACAAGUACUGGGAAUAAUUUUGAUAUUGCUUCUUCACCCUCAGGAGAAGUGAAGAUUUUAUUAAACUGUGACUCCACACUUGGGCAACUGAAUUUUCAUACACCAAAUUUUGAUGCAGUUCUGAGAUUUGUGGAGGAUAAAUAUUUCAGAUCAUAUAAAAUUACAGGGCCUCAAUUUUCUGUGAGGAAGCUGUUGAAAGAUUUGUGUGAAAGUUAUUUGAAGCUGGGCACUGAUUCCCCUGAUAGAUCUGUUGUUGCUAACUCUUCCAAUUGUGGUAUAAAUAUCAGCGAUACAAUGCAUGUUUCAAUACCAAAGAAGAGAGCUAUUGAGAUACAGAACUUUGAGACAUAUUCAAACCAAAAGAGUUCAGCCAGUUCUGGGCAUACAAAUUCUUAUAAUUUUUUUCCUGAUGAAAUGAAUCACUUACAUAGUUUUCAUGAUAUAACAAAAGGUGCAGAAAAAGUAGAAAUAUCCCUGGUACAUGAAUUUUGCAACGAGUCUCUCCCAAAAUUCAAUUACAUACCACACAAUUUAAUUUAUCAGAAUGGUAAUGUAAAUAUUUCUCUAGCACGAAUUUCGGACGAGGAUUGCUGUUCAGGUUGUUCUGGAGACUGUCUUUCAUCAUCAAUUCCAUGUGCAUGUGCACGUGAAACUGGUGGAGAGUUUGCCUACACAACUCAAGGCCGGCUGAAAGGAGAUUUUUUAAGUGCUUGUAUGUCUUUGAAGCGUGAACCUCAAGAGCACCAUUUUGUUUAUUGUCAAGACUGUCCAUUAGAGAGGACUCAGAAUGAGUACAUGCCUGAACGAUGUAAGGGUCAUUUAGUCAAGAAGUUUAUUAAAGAAUGCUGGAGAAAAUGUGGGUGUGACAUGCGGUGUGGAAAUCGAAUAGUGCAGCGAGGUAUAACAUGCAAGUUGCAGGUUUUCUUGACUCCUGAAGGAAAAGGAUGGGGACUUAGAACACUUGAGGACUUGCCUAAGGGAACUUUUGUUUGUGAGUAUGUUGGAGAAGUACUGACCAACAUGGAGCUAUAUGAGCGGAUUCUACAAAGCAGUGGCAAUGAGAGACAUACAUAUCCAGUAACACUUGAUGCAGAUUGGGGUUCAGAAGGAAUUUUAAGGGAUGAGGAGGCACUUUGUCUGGACGCAACUUUCCAUGGAAAUGUUGCUAGGUUCAUCAACCAUCGAUGCUUUGAUGCGAACUUGGUUGAUAUUCCAGUAGAAGUGGAGACUCCAGAUCGUCAUUAUUAUCAUAUUGCCUUUUUCACUACCAGCAAAGUGAGUGCUUUUCAAGAGCUGACAUGGGAUUAUGGGAUUGACUUUGCAGAUAAAAAUCAUCCCAUUAAGGCAUUUUCUUGUCAUUGUGGAAGUUCAUCUUGCCGAGACAUGAAACGGAAAAGGAGGUAGAUGAAUGGAUUACCCUCAGAUUACAAGUGACUGGUGGAGUAGUG